UUUUUAAACACUAAUAAUAAUAAUAAUAACAGGCAGCGUCGUUAACCAGCUAGGGUUUUUGAUUGCCGCUUAUUCCCUACCCCACUUAGAAGAAGAAGAAGACUCUCUGUCUUCUACAGUUUUAGCUAGAGAACAUAUUUUCUGGCAUAAAUGGGAAGCAAGAAAAGAAGCUCCAAUUCAGCUGAGGUAGUUGAGGAUUCAGAUAAUACAAAUACAAAAACUGAGAACGUAAACUUGGAGGAUAUGAAUAAUGAGAAUGCAAGUUCAAAUCUAAGUAGAAAGAAAAUGAAGAAAGAUAAGAAUAAAGAGAAUGAAACCCUGGACGGAGAUGCUUCUAAAGCAGGCCUUUAUAAUAAUAAUUCUAGUUCGCUGAAACCCAUGGAAAGACGAAAGAAGAGAAAAGCAUUGGAUAAAGAACGCCAGCAUGCUACUUUAGAGGAUAAAGAUGGGAAGACUAAAAAAAUGGAUGUUAAUUCAAAGGUUACCGAAAAUAAAGAGCAGAUGGGAGCUUCCUCAAGUGGGGUAUUGCCAGAGUUUCACAUUGGCGUCUUUACGGAACUGAUAUCGGCUGAUGUGUCUGUGAGAGAAGCUGCAGUGGAGAGAUUGGUCAUGGAGUUGCAAAAGGUUCAGAAGGCGUACGAAAAUGCAGAGAAUAAGGUGGUGGUAGAAGAUGGGUUGAAACUGGAAGCAAAGAAGGAUGAUGGGUUGAAUGACUGUGCUCCUUCAGUGAGAUAUGCUGUGCGUAGGCUUAUUCGUGGUGCUUCUUCAUCAAGGGAGUGUGCAAGGCAAGGAUUUGCAUUGGGCCUGGCGGUGUUAAUUGGUACAAUUCCUAGCAUCAAAGUGGAUUCAGUGAUGAAACUAAUAGUUGACAUGUUAGAAGUUUCUUCAUCAAUGAAGGGUCAGGACAUAAGGGAUUGCCUUUUAGGUCAGCUAUUUGCUUAUGGUGCUCUUGCCCGAUCAGGAAGACUGGUGGAAGUGUGGAUUUCUGAUCAUAACACCCUCUUCAUUAAGGAAUUCACCAAUGUACUUAUCUCACUUGCAUCAAAAAAACGAUAUUUGCAAGAGCCUGCUGUUGCAAUUAUUUUAGAAUUGGUCGAAAAGUUGCCAACUGAGGCUGUGUUGAAUCACGUACUUGAAGCUCCAAGACUGUGUGAGUGGUUUGAAGGUGAUGCCAAUGCUGGAAAUCCUGAUGCUUUGCUUUUAGCUUUGAGAAUUCAGGAGAAAGUUUCUGUUGAUAGUGAAAUUUUUGGAAAGAUUUUGCCACAUCCAUUCAGCCCUAGUAGGCUUUUUGCAUCUGAUCAUUUGUCCUCUAUUAUUAACUGCCUGAAGGAAUCAACAUUCUGUCAGCCUAGAAUUCAUGGUGUGUGGCCUGUUCUGGUAAAUAUUCUUUUACCUGAUGUCGUUAUGCAAGCUGAAGAUGUGGUAUCGGCUUCUAAUUCUCUAAAAAAGCAUAAAAAAAGUCGCAAGUCUAGCUCUUCUGAAGAAGAAGUUGUCAAGAUUGUUCAGUGUUUCCGUGAAGUUUUUAUUGAAGGGUCCCUUCUUCUCUCUUCUCAUGAUCGCAAGCACUUGGCAUUUCAUAUUCUGCUCCUUCUCCUCCCAAGGCUCCCCGCAUCAUUCAUUCCAUAUGUUCUUUCUCACAAAAUUGUGCAAUGCUUGAUGGAUAUACUUUCAACAAAGGACUCUUGGCUGUAUAAAGUCGCUCAGCAUUUUCUUAAGGAAUUAUCUGAUUGGGUAGGAAAUGAUGAUGUCAGAAGGGUUGCUGUUAUAGUGGCUUUACAAAGACACAGCAAUGCAAGAUUUGAUGGCAUCACCAGAACAAAAACAGUUAGAGCUUUGGUGACAGAUUUUAAAACAGAAUCUUGUUGCAUGCUGUUUAUUCAGAAUUUAAUGAACAUGUUUGUGGAUGAAGGUUGUUCUUCAGAGGAACCCUCAGAUCAGAGUCAGACUACUGAUGACAAUUCAGAGAUGGGUUCUGUCGAGGAUAAGGAUUCAAAUGGUGCAAUGGAAAACUCUGAUUUCUUGAAGAGUUGGGUGGUGGAAUCCCUCCCUAGUAUUUUGAAACAUUUGAAGCUGGAGCCUGAAGCAAAGUUUCGGGUGCAGAGGGAAAUUUUGAAGUUUCUAGCUGUUCAGGGUCUGUUCUCUGCAUCUCUUGGCUCUGAAGUUACAUCUUUUGAAUUGAAGGAGAAAUUUAAGUGGCCAAAGGCAGCCACUUCAAGUGCAAUUUGCAGAAUGUGCAUCGAGCAGAUCCAAUCACUGCUGGCAAAUGCUCAAAAGAUAGAGGGGUUGCAUUCUUUGGCAAGUGGCCUGGAGCACAGUGAUCUUGGAUCUUACUUCAUGCGUUUUCUCAGUACACUCAGAAACAUUCCUUCGGUUUCUCUUUUUCGUCUGAGUGAUGAAGAUGAAAAGGCAUUUGAAAAAUUGCAAGAAAUGGAAACUAGGCUGUCUAGAGAGGAAAAAAAAUUUGUGAUUGGUGCUGAAGCAAAUAAAUUGCAUGCAAUGAGGUACUUGCUGAUCCAGUUGCUGCUUCAAGUACUCCUUCGACCUGGAGAAUUCUCAGAAGCUGCAUCUGAACUUAUUAUAUGUUGUAAGAAAGCUUUUGCUGCUUCUGAUCUUCUUGACUUCUCUGGAGAAGAGGAGUUGGAUAAUGAUGCUGAUCCUAAGUUAAUGGAUGUCCUUUUGGACACAUUCCUUUCAUUGUUGCCACAGUCAUCAGCUGCCAUGCGCUCUGCUAUUGAGCAGGUUUUUAAGCACUUCUGUAAUGAUGUGACAAAUGAUGGACUUCUUCGGAUGUUGCGUGUCAUUAAGAAAGAUUUGAAGCCAGCUAGACAUCGGGAAGAAGGCAGUGAAGAUGAAGAAGAUUUUCUUGGUAUUGAAGAAGAAGAAGAAGAAGAAGAAGUGGAUGAAGCUGAGACAGGUGAAGAUGAAGAACAGACUGAUGACUGUGAGGGAGUGGUUGAAAUUGAAGAAACUGGAAAAGAGCUGCCUGAUGAUUCUGAUGAUUCUGAUGGAGGAAUGGAUGAUGAUGCAAUGUUCCGGAUGGACGCUUAUCUUGCACAGAUUUUCAAAGACAGAAAGAAUCAGGCUGGGGUUGAAACUGCACAAUCUCAGCUUGUUUUGUUUAAACUUCGUGUUCUUUCAUUGCUGGAGGUUUACCUGCAUGAAAAUCCAGCUGAGCCCGGGGUUCUGAUGGUUUACUCGAACUUAGCUCAGGCAUUUGUUAAUCCUCAGACUGCAGAAAUCAGCGAGCAGCUCGGACAGCGAAUAUGGGGAAUGUUGCAAAAGAAAAUAUUCAAAGUGAAGGACUUCCCAAAGGGUGAUGCUGUGCUGCUACCUAAUCUUGAAUCUUUGUUAGAAAGGAACUUAAAGUUGGCAUCAAAGCCAUUGAAGAGAAAGAAAUCUGCUGGUAUCUUAUCCAAGAAAAAACAGUCAGCCAUGUGGAAACGACACAAAAUGAUUGUUUCCCUUGCUCAGGAUUCCACCUUUUGGAUUCUGAAAAUUAUUGAUUCCAGAAAUUUUUCAGAGUCUGAACUAAAAGGGGUUUUUGAUAUUUUCAAGGGUGAACUGGCACGGUAUUUUGAGAGUAAAACAUCUCAAAUAAAAUCUGAUUUUUUAAAGGAAAUAUUUCGAAGAAGGCCAUGGGUUGGCCAUCAUCUCUUGGAGUUCCUUUUGGAGAUAUGUGGCAGUGGAAAGUCAGAGUUUCGUCGAGUUGGAGCACUUGAUCUAUUAAUGGAAAUAUUGAAGUCAAUGGUUCCUUCUGGUAAUGAUGAAAGUAACCGCGAUGCAUCAAAGAAAAUCUUGAAAAAUCAUCUGCAAAAACUCAGUCAUCUGAUAAAGGAGUUGGUAACAAAAAUGCCAGAAAAGCAGUCAAGGCGGGCUGAAGUACGCAAGUUUUGUGGUAAAGUCUUCCGGUAUGUGUCAACCUAUGACCUGACCAAAUGUUUUCUUAAAUAUCUGGGUCCAGAAGCCGAAGCUGCUUGUGAAUCUCAACUUGGAGAGCUGUAUCUCAAGUUCAAGGAGGUCGGGAGUUAACUGUAACUGAUAGUGCUGAGCCCUCGAUAGCGUUUUGUGCCCAGGGAAAACUUAUUUCAGCUCCUGUCCUGUUUGAACGUGCCCAGGUACUAUUCUGGAUUUUCCCCUUGAAAUGGGGGAGAAGGAACUUCGCUUGCAGAAUUUGCUGUAUGAUGGUUGCUUGGUGUUUAGCUCUAUAACCUAGCAAGCUCUUAUAUUUUAUCCCAUCAAGUUACAUAUUGGUACGGCCUAUUUUAAAGCUGGCGUUAGAUGCUAUGUCUUCAGGUUUUCUUUAUAUAGAGACGAAUUAUUCAUUUGUUUUCAUAUAGAAAAAAGCUCAAUCAUAGUUAAAAAAAAAAAAAAACACUUGAACCUACUUGUUCGCCAAAUGAUCUGCUCAUCUAUUGAAAGAUGUGAAAAUCAUUUGCCUUUUUUGCCAAA